CUCGUGCGCGCGUCCUCACGUGUGUGUUUCUGCGUGUGUGUGUGUGGAGAUGAGCAGAUGAUUGUCGGUGUGUGUGUUGCUCUGAUCGGUGUGUAAAGAUGAAGAAGCAGCAGCAGAAGAGUGUCCGCGGGCUGGCUGAUAAAGUGCGCAGGUCUAAAGCGGCGCCGGAGAUCCAGCGGAACCCGUUCGAGGUCAAAAUCAACCGGAAGAAGUUCGAUGUUCUGGGCCGCAAGAGUAAACAUGAUGUGGGUCUGCCGGGGGUCUCCAGAUCCAGAGCCAACCAGAAGAGGAAGGAGACUCUCCUGAAAGAGCUGAAGCUGAAGGGCAAAAGCAACAAGUUCAUCGACCGGCGCUUUGGAGAGUACGACAGCAAACUGAACCCCGAGGAGAAGAUCCUGCAGAGGUUCACACUGGAGAGACAGCGUCUUCACGACAGGAGAGAUGUGUUUAACCUGAAUGAGGAUGAGCAGCUCACUCAUUACGGUCAGUCACUGGCGGAGCUGGAGAAGAUGCCGGAUCUGCAGGACUCUGACAGCGACUCUGAGGAGAAGGGCCUUCUGUCAGCUGAACUGACGGCCACACACUUCGGUGGCGGUGGAGGUCUGCUGAGGAAGAAGAGUUCAGCAGAUGAAGAUGAAGAGCAGAAACCCAGAUCCAGACAGCAGCUGAUCGAGGAGCUCAUCCUCAAGUCCAAGCAGGAGAAGCGUGAGCGUCAGACACAGAAGGAGGAGGCGCAGGAGCUCACCGAGAAACUGGACCAGCAGUGGAGAGACAUCCAGAGCCUUCUGGCCCACAAGACCCCCAAAGCAGAGCGCAGAGAGCAGCCCGACAAACCACAGCUGGACCCGUAUGAUAUGGCGGUGCGUGAGCUGGGCUUCGAGAUGAAAGCUCAGCCGUCAGAGAAGCUGAAGAGUGCAGAAGAAGAGGCCAGAGAGCAACAGCGCCGCCUGCAGGACCUGGAGGCCGACAGACUGAAGAGGAUGAUGGGAGACACUGAGGCGUCCGCUCACACACACACACACAUCUCUGCUGACGACAUUAAUGAUGGAUUCAUACUGGAUGGAGACAAGCGCAACACACUCACAUACAAGGACGGGAAGUGGAGCAUGGGGGGUGAGGAAGAGGAAGAUGAAGCAGCAACAGCAGGAGGAGGAGAAGAGGCGGAGGAGGAGGAGGAGGAUGAAGAUGAUGAAGAUGCUGAAGGAGAAGAAGAAGAGGAGGAGGAGGAUGAAGAGGAUGAAGAUGAUGGUGAUCUUCAGUCUGAGGGUGCUGAGGAUGAUGAUGGUGAUGAAGAGCAACUCAGAGAUGAUGAAGAUGAUGAAGAUCUUCCAGCAGUGACUGAAGAGGAGAAGACAGAAGCUCAGGAGGCUGCUAGAGCUGAGCUGCCAUACACAUUCACAGCUCCAGAGAGUUACAGUGAGCUGCAGUGUGUCCUGCAGGGCCGGAGCUCAGAGCAGCAGCGCCUCAUAGUGGACAGAAUAGUGAAGUGUCACCAUCCCAGCCUGGCUACUGCGAACAAGAGCAAACUACAGAGGCUGUUUGGGUUUCUGCUGGAGUACAUCAGUGAACUCACUACCCACAAUCCCCCUGAUCUCAGAACAGUCAACACACUCAUCCCGCAGUUGUGCAGUCUGUGUCAGAUGUUUCCAGACGCCGCGUGUAAAGCCGUGCAGACGCUCAUCAGUGACGCCACACACAGCAUGGAGGAGACGCUGGAGGUCAAAGGUCGCGCUGCAAUGCCGACUCUGGACAUGCUGGUCCUGCUGAAGAUCACGGCUCUGCUGUUUCCCACGUCAGACUUCAGGCAUCCCGUGACGACUCCAGCGUUCCUCUACAUCAGCCAGACGCUCACUAAGUGUGCGGUGGUCUCUCUGGAGGAUGUGUGUAAGGGUUUAAUCCUCUGCUGUUUGGCGCUGGAGUUCGUCUUGCUCUCUCAGAGGUUUUUCCCAGAACUGAUCAACUUCCUGCUGGGGCUCCUCAACCUGGCGGUCCCCGACAAGACCAGCACAGCUUAUACAGUGGUGAGUCCGUUCCGAGCGCAGGGGAAGAACUGUGAUCUGCUGCUGCUGACUGAUGCAGACGCGUCUCACAGCUGGAGGAGGAAACCAUUAUCACUGCAUACAACACACACCAGUGCAGCGGACAGAGACCACUGCAGGCUGUCAGUCAUCGACUCAUGUCUGGAUCUGCUGAAGAGGUGUGUGUGUCUCUAUAAAGAGCUGCCGUCAUUCAGUCACAUCUUCCAGCCAAUCAGAGCCCUGCUUCUCAAACAUCUUCCUGUGGAGAAAUACCCCACCUGCAUACAGGAUCUUCACAAAGAGGUUUUAGACGCCAUUCCGGAUCAGCCUUCCCAGCAUGCACCUCUGGUGUUCAAGAAGAAAAAGCCCAUUCCUCUGAAGCUCUUCACACCCAAAAUCGUGCAGAUUCUGGAUUACGGGAAGAAGCGUGGAAACACACGCGAGGAGAAGGAGCGCGAGCGCCUCAAACACAAGUACAAGCGGGAGUUUAAAGGAGCCUUGAGGGAGAUCAGGAAAGACACACGCUUCCUGGCACAGGAGAAACUCAACCACAUCAUCAGCAGGGACACUGAGAGGAAGAGGAAGGUGAAGGAGUUGUACGGCAGUCUGGCCACACAGGAAGGAGAAUGGAAGGCCCUCAAGAGGAACAAGAGGAAGUGACAUCAUCACAGCCACAAACUGCUUUAAAGGCACAGAAAUAAACAUCUGAAACCUAUUUAAGUCCCUUCUGUUGAACACACAGGUAGAUAUUUUGAAGAAUGCUGGAGAAGCAGUCCGUAGUUUUGUUUGUGCUGUUUUAUUUUGUGUCCACCUUUACAGAGUGUGAGGAAAUGAGGAGGAUUUUAAUCUCAGCGUGAUGUUUUAUAUGAGACUCUUCAGAGGAAUAAACCAGCGGUGUGCUCAUUUA